GGCCGAGGACACCGCAGUCAUCGAGAGCGAGAUGGAGACCGCAAUGACCGUGGAGAACGGCGACACCACCGAGACGAACGAGAUGACCGGCGCGAGCAUUCCGGCCGGGACAGGGAACAUCGUGGUCACGAGCGGGGGGAGAGGGACUCGUACGGCCGGGACAGGGAUGACAGGGGAGGUGGUGGAGGAGGGUACAGGGAUGACGGGCGGCGAAGGCGGAGGGAAGACGAUGAUGGAGGUUAUGCGGAGCCGAUGGGCGGUCCGCCAGCCAGGCGGAUGAGGUACGAUGAGGAAUCGUUCGCCCAGCCUAUGCGCGGAGACUAUCAGCCCCGUCGAGACGACAGGGGCGGUGGCGGAGACUGGCGAGGCGGUGGAGGAGGUGGAAGGGGCGGAGGAGGAGGUUACCGCGGUGGACGGGGUAGGAGGGAAGAGUCACCCAGAGAUCCUACCCCUCCAGGCACGGUACCCCUCGAAAGUCGGCAUAUCGAGAAGUCGCUCUGGGAUCUCCGGCCGCCCAUGUUCGAGGGAUUGGGCGCGAUGGAAGCCAAGAUGACCGGGAUGUUCUCGUAUGGCCCAGGUCGUGUACCUCCCCCUGCCCACCUCGGUAUCCCACCUGCACUCAUUGCCGGCUCGUUCGCCCCCGGAAACGUCGUCAACUCUGUUCGACAAGCCAAGCGGAUCUAUAUUGGCAACAUUACCGAUGCGCACACGGAAGAAGUCCUCCGAAACCACUUCACUAAGCUCAUGAAGGAGAACAACCUGGCAGCUGGGGCUUUGGGGGGUGACAUCGUCCAGGAAGUUGGUAUUGACGAGGAGAAGCGAUUUGCAUUCAUCGAAUUCCGGACACCCGACGAAGCUACAGGAGCGAUGCAAUUCGACGGCGAAACGAUUGCCGAUGUCAAAAUCACUGUCAAGCCGCCAAAGGACUAUAUCGGGAUCGAUACUGCGCUCGGCACCAUGGCGGGAGGUGUAGGAAUGACGGUCUCGGAAAGCCCGAACAAACUCUUCAUCGGCGGUCUUCCCACAUACCUGAACGACGAGCAGGUGAUGGAGCUCAUGAAGAGCUUUGGGGAGUUGAAGAGCUUCAAUCUGGUCAAGGACGGUACUGCGUCCAAGGGCUUUGCCUUUGCCGAAUACGUUGACACCCCUACCACCGACAUGGCCAUCGCCGGUCUCCACAACUUCCAGCUCGGCGAUCGUACUCUCGUCGUCCAGCGGGCCGAGAUGGGCCGCAACACCGGUGCCUCCGGGAUGGGCAUGGUCGCGCAUGCGAUUCUCGCCCAGGCUUCCAACCCCGAAGCCGCCGGUCCCACCUCCCGCGUCAUGCUCCUCCUCAACAUGGUCACUUCCGACGAACUGUAUGACGACCAGGACUACCAAGAUAUCCUCGAAGACAUCAACGAGGAGUGCGGCAAGUACGGCGAGAUCGAGGGCGUGCGCGUGCCGAGGCCGGUACCGAAGGACAAGACGUGGAGUGCCAAUGAUAGUGCGGCGCAGACGGAGGCGAGGGCAAAGAGGAUCGACGAACAUCAUGGUGUGGGCAGAGUGUAUGUGCUGUACAAGGAAGUGGCCAGUGCUGGGAAGGCAAUGAAGGCGUUGGGCGGGAGACAGUUUGCGGGGCGGACGAUUCUGACGGCAAGUGUGCCAGAGGAAGAGGCGGCGGCCCCACCACCACCGGCACGUGAACCAACAAAAGAAGAAAUGGACAAGGCAGCGGCGGAUGCGCUGAAUGACAUCAUGGGUGGGUUGGUGUAG